AUGUCGUGGUCCGGCUUCAAGAAGAAUGUAGGCCGCGCGACAACACAGGUCAUGGUGAAGACGGGCCGUGUUGAGAAGACUGUCAAUCGUGACUAUGAAGUGGAGGAGCGACGAUACCGUACUCUCGAAUCCGCCUCACUUCGUCUGCAAAAAGAAGCCAAGGGUUACCUCGACAGCCUGCGUGCCAUGACGGCCUCGCAAAUGCGCAUCGCCGAGACAAUUGACGCCUUUUAUGGAGAGAGCGGAGCCCAGGAUGGUGUCAGUAGGAGCUACAAGCAGGCUGUUGAGGACCUCGACGCCGAGACUGUCAAGGCACUGGAUGGACCUUACAGGACCACCGUGCUGGAACCCAUCAACCGCUUCUGCGCCUACUUUCCAGACAUCAACGAGUGCAUCAAGAAGCGCAAUCACAAGAUGCUCGACUACGWCUCGAUGCGCAGCAAAGUCAAGAAGCUUACAGAGAAACCUGACAAGGACCCCAGCAAACUUCCGCGCACCGAAAAGGAAGCUGAUAUGGCGAAAGCGGCUUAUGAGCAGUUGAAUCAGCAACUGACGGAUGAGCUGCCACAACUUAUUGACCUACGCGUACCUUACCUCGACCCAACCUUCGAAGCGCUUGUCAAGAUUCAAUUGAGAUUCUGCGCAGAAGCAUACAGUCGGAUGGCGCAAGUACAGCAAUAUCUCGAUGCUGGAACGAGAGACAGUUACGCGAGUGGAGAUCUGGACGCUCGUGUAGAGGAUGUCCUAGGACAGAUUCGCGAGCUGAGCAUUGCGGGUACUGUUUAA